UCUGASUUCGAGAGGGUAAGGAGGUGCAGCUGCUUGCAAAGAGAACUGCCCCAACUGCGUGAGGUAUGGAAGGACGCCGAUUCACGUCCGAGCUUAUGGGGGAGUAUGACRACGCCAUGGAUUCUGAUCGGUCAGGUGUAGAGGACAUCGCUGGCACUCAGAUGGACCGAGGUGGAGGUGUGCAGCGUGGCUCGGCACGGCAAUGGCCGCGCACGCCGUUCAGCAACGAGGGAUUCCAGCCCGGUGCACAACAAUGGCAGUACACAUCGGCUCCACCUUCGAGCUGGGGAGGGCAAGCGGGAGGUGGAGCGGGAGCGGGUGUUCGUGGUUCUUCAUCCUUGUAUGCUCGCCAAGCGGUGCAGAUGCAUGACGAGUCCAUCGGUGUUUACCCGCCCGCCGAACUGCCGUCUAGCACGUGCGGAGGAGCGGUAAGCAACGACGAUCCGUCUGCUGCAUGGGCACCCGGGAGUUCGCAGGGUAUGGCGCAUUCCCCGUACGGAUCGGUCAUGUCAUGCGGUGUUGCAGGUCCACGACCCUCAUCGCCGGGUGGAAGAAUGGAGAACGUCGUGAUGACCGAUCACACAGAAAGGCAGUCGCACGUUCCCGCAAACGCUUAUCCACAGCCCCAAACCAUGCGCGCUCAGGUACAAGGUCCAGUGCCUGCACGUUUGUCUGAAGGUGGAUUCAUGCAUGGUCAGUCGUCGGGGUGGGGGGGUGGAUUUUCAAGCUUGGGAACAGCUGGCGGUGGAGAAAGGACUGCGUUUGCGGUUGAGGGGUGGCAUGGCGAGACAACUGCGAUGCAGUUCGGUGAUGAGGCCGUUGCUUCUUCCACACCUUCUCGGUCAGGGGGGCCUGCAGGCAAUGUCACGGGCAAAAGGACAGCGGACGAUGCUGUCGGCGAAGGUUCAGUCAUGCGGGGCGAUGUCGGUCGAUCGGCGGAGGAUACGGCAUCGGGGCAAAAGAAGCAGCGUGCGAGGAGGGCGCCGAGGGCGGAGGGGGGGAAGAAGAACAACCCGUGGACCUUGGAGGAGCGGAUAGCGUUGGGGAGGACUUGCGUGAAAGACGAUGCCCUCAUGGCCGACGCCAACGGCGUGCAUAAGCACAAGACGCGUGGCAAAAGAUACGAAUGGAUCGCAGAUCGAUUGAAGGAGGAGGGGUACAACAGGACAGCGGAGGACUGCAGGAAGAAGUGGACGAAACUCAAGGAGAUCGUUAGCCAGAUCGGGGACAAGUGCUACAGGUCUGGGGAGGCAGGGUACUUCAACAUGACCACAGAGCAGCGAAGGGAGAAGGACGUCUGCACAACGUUCGAGGAGCCUCUUUGGGAUGCGAUGGAGUGGUGGCGAUUGAAGAAGUCGUACACGUGCGACGCCACUUUCGCUUCAGAGGACCUGGCAGGUGGAGGAGGGAGCGGAUCGGGGCGCAGCGGUGGCGGUAGUGAUGGGGGUGAAGGUGGAAGGGGCAACUUGUCGGGGCAGGGCCAGGGCGGGACCGGACCGGGGCUUGCUGGUGGAGGGAGCCGAUCGGGCGAGAUCGGUGGAGGGAUCGGAACCGGGGAAGGAGGCGUAGGAGGCGGUUCGACGAGGGGUGGGGGUGUUGCAUCCGAUGGCGGUGGCACGGACGCUUCGGACACGAGUGGCAGGUCGCGCAGGACAUCGUCGGGUAGGGUGCGUGGCGACGCACCCGUAUCCUCAUCUUCGACGAAGACAGCCAUGCAGGACUCGGCGAAAACUCUUUGCGAAGGUCUCGACAAGGCUUCCGGAACACUGGCUCGUGCCACAUGUACGGGAGCGGCUAUGAUGUCCACGAGGAUCGGCAGAGCUGUCGCGGGUGCCAUGCACGAGGGGAACGCGCUUCUGCAAACCCUCAUAGCAGUCAUGGCCGCCAGAUCGUCAAACUCCACACGAGGCAGAGGAGACAACGACCCGUCAUAAAAGGGACUGGCCGAUGUGGACAGGUGUCAGACCCG